UGUAUAUUGAUCAGCUUUCCACCGCCAAAGACAUCAUUGUCAUCACUUUGGCCUUGUCUCUUUAUGCAUCAAAGCUCAAAGUUCUAUUGCUUUUUUUUUAAACACCACCGCUUGUCUUCUUUUAUUUUCUGCCAGAAUUUGAUUACUAGGUGCAGAGUUUAUUUCAUGCCACACAAUGAGCACUAGAGCAAACUUGUAGCCUUUGAAUAUUGUUUUCUUUUCUUCUUGUGAUUGACAAGGAAACACGUAGCUAGACUUUGACCCUCUGCAUUCAAAAGAAGCUUGCUGCUCAUUUUCUUAAUUGGAUGUCUUGAAAGUUUUUGUCUUUAGUCCAAAUUUACAACAGCAUCACGGUUUGACAAUUAUGUUUAAUUGCAACUUUUGUCUUGAUGUAUGUUAAUCACUUCAUCAGCUUUUAACCGCCAAGCAACAUGAAUUUAUCACUUUGGCAUGGCCUCUUGCAUUAUUAAACCACUGCCCCUUGAUCAAAGUUUCAUUAAACUCGUUGUUUCGUGGUCCUUGUUGCCUGGCUUUUAUUCAAAGCAAGCAUGUGGCAAACAUUUCCUGCUCGGCUUCAUUAUGUAUAUGUUGUGUUCCUUCAAGCAUCUGGGAGCAAAUUUGCAGCAACACACUCUGAUAACUAUUGUUUCAAGGUACAAGUGCAGGCUAGGACUUUGAUAGCAAGUGCAGGCAGGAACUUUGGCAGCAAAAGCCAUUUCAUCACUGGGAUUUGGUGGACAAGGUUGUUGGAAGCACUCCAAGGGAACAUCGAGGGUAAACUCUCUUCUCUAGACACUAAUUUUAUGUUUCAUGUCCUGGCUGGUCUAUUCUUCAUGUGGCUUAUUUUGCGACUGGUGCAAAGCCAUUUGUUGUGUUGUGGUGGAAAGGAAGGCAAGAGGUAGGAGGCUGCUGGUGGGAACUGCUGUUGAAUUUCAGAGUAGAUGAUAUUAUACUCCCCCGAUUGGUCAUACACUCGUUGAUACACAUGUAUCGUAUACGAGAUUGCGACCGCUCGGGGAUCUCCACAGCUCCAUGGCGACAAAGGUAAAAGAGACACUGCAAAAAAAAAAAAAA